UGUAGAGAGCAUCACGGGAACGCUAUGCCGCCCUCUGUUAAGGAUAACAGCGGCAGCCAUGGCUCUCCGAUCAGUGGGAAGCUGGAAGGCAUCUUCUUCAGCUGCAACACUGAGUUUAACACUGGGAAGCCACCACAAGAUUCACCAUAUGGAAGAUACAGGUUUGAGAUUGCAGCUGAAAAACUCUUCAACCCAAAUACUAACUUGUACUUUGGAGACUUCUACUGCAUGUACACAGCCUACCACUACGUCAUCCUGGUUAUCGCCCCCCUCGGAUCGCCCGGAGACGAGUUCUGUAAGCAGCGCCUUCCUCAGCUAAAUAUAAAAGAUAAUAAAUUUCUGACCUGCGAUGAGGAAGAUGGUGUCAUGGUUUACCAUCACGCCCAGGAUGUUAUUUUGGAAGUAAUUUACACUGAUCCUGUGGAUCUCUCCCUCGGCACAGUUGCAGAAAUUACCGGUCACCAACUCAUGAGCUUGUCUACUGCAAACGCAAAGAAAGAUCCCAGCUGCAAGACCUGCAAUAUCAGUGUUGGCCGUUAAAACUCCCCUCGUGACUUAGGAGCCUUGGAACCUCUGUUGCCCAUCUCCACAGUCAGACGUUUUUGUCGGAAGCAUGCCCACGCCGCUGCCACCAAAAGCAAACACGCGUCUCCAGAAUCUCCAAUAGCCUUUUUAGUAUUUCUUCUCUCCCUCUUUCCCCGAUGCUUUACAUGAUUAGAAGUCCUGGAUUUCUUUCUGGCAACCGUUUAUACCUAGAUGCUGCAAAAAUUUUCUGUUUCUUGCCAAACGUAACAAAAACCUAUAUAAACUGCUUUAGCAAAAUAAAAAUAACGGCUUCUAAAUGGUGUUUAAAUAUGCAUUCGUUUUAACUACUGAACGAAUACUGGGGUAACUCCAAACAGCAUGAAAGGUUGUAAUUGCAGCAUGAUUUAAAUUUCAGAGCCUAGACAUGUCAGCACUUCCAACGUGUUGUUUGACAGUGUUAUUUAUGUUAUUUAUAUUAGCUAACUGAAAACAGAAACUGUGUCUCGACAUAAUAAAUAUAAUAGAAAAAUAUUUUAUUUGUACUGUUGUAUAAAAUAUUAUACAAUCAUAUAGAAUAUAUAGAUUACAUUUUAAUAUCAAUUGUAUACAUGUCAUGAAAUCAUUUUCCCUUAUCAAAGAUGUAGUUUGUAAACUUCAAAUAGCUCUGUAUCUGUUCCUGUUGCUCUAGAUGACUUUAAUUAAAACAGAUUUACGAAGGAGACCA